UUUAGGCUGCAGCCCAGAAGGAUGGCUCUGGCAUUUGGCAGCGAGAGACAGGUGGUGGCAGAGGGGGGGCCUCACCCCCGGUCCAGUGUCACUUUCACUGUGAGUGACAGCCAUGUUGCUGUGGUGACGGAGGAGGGGCUUGUGCGUGGUGUUGCCGUGGGGACGGUGCAUGUGCGUGGUGUGCUUCAGACUGUGCAGCAGGACACUGGAGUUGUAACCAUCUUCUCAGAGGAUGAGGUGGAGGUGGAGGUGUUCAACCUGACAUCAGUGAGGGUCCAGGCUCCCCUUGACCGUCUUCCUGUAGGUGCAGAGAUGCCUGUGUAUGUGAUGGGCGGUAGUAGCUCUCAGACUCCCCUGUCAUUUGCGGGAACGGAGGGCAGAUGGAGUUUCCAGUGGGUGCUGGACAAGCCGGGCGUGCUGGAGGUGGAGCCACGCCAUGCACAGACAGCGGUCCGAGUCUCACCUGGCCAGCGCUUCUCUGUGCUGGUGCGAGCCGUGUCGGCCGGCUGGGCCAGCCUCAGGGUCACUGCUGUCCUGGUCAGCGCAGCCGGAGAGGAGGCAGAGCUCAGUGACGAGAUACGGAUCACGGUGUUUGAUGAAGCCCAGCCUGUCGCCGGACCCUCCCGAGUCAUUCUCAUGUCACCCUUCUCCCAGCACAGGCUGCAGACUACACGGGACGGAGUGAGCCCCCUUCAGUAUGAGGUGUGUCAGUGCAGGGGGGACGCGGGCCUGGUCAGUGUGGACCGCCAGGGCCUCGUGCGGUCAGGCUCAGCCACGGGGUCGGCUGUCCUGGAGAUCAUCGUCAUGGAGCCCUGUGGGGUCAAUCAGACCAUCCUGCUUAUCGUCAAGGUGUCUCCAGUGUGCUUUGUACGGUUGACUGUGGAUUUGGGGGUUCACAGUUCAGGGGAGGAGGGGCUCCCAGCGUUCCCCCUGGGCGCGCGCCUCUCUUUCCGGGUGCUGCUGUACGACAGCACGGGGCAGCGCUUCGACGCCCACGAUGCUCAGCUGCGGUUCAUGCCCAGCAGAGACGACCUGAUCCAGAUCAGUGUGGGCCCGCAGAGCCAGCUGUUCUGGGCGCAGCCGGUGUCCCCCGGACUGACUGUGCUGGGGGUGUGUGACCCCCGCAGCCCCGCCCUGUGUGACUACACCCCCCUCCUGGUCCUGCACGCCCUGUCGCCCCCUCCGCACUCGCCUCUGCGCCCCGGACACUUCGUCUGCUUCUCCACCCCGCUGAGAGACAGCCAGGGGCGCCCAGGCUGGUGGGAGGUGUCAUCCAAUCAGACGCUGCACAUCGACCCUGCUACGGGGGCGGCCCUCGCUAAGCAUGCUGGGACAGUGGUGGUGUACUACAGACUGGAGGGUGAGCAACAGGCACUGAGAGAGGUGAGAAAGAGGGGGUGGAAUGAUAAGCUGGUGUGCUCCCUCCACUACAGCGCCACCUGUCUGCAGAGCACGCUGCAGUCCGUCUUCACCGCCACUCCGCACUACAGCGCCGACUCCGGGCAGUACAGCUGCGUGGUGGCGGUGCAGCUGCACUCGCAGGCCGCGAGGCGAGCCCUGGCCUCAGCCCCGCUCUCCGUCUCCCUCUCCGCUGCCCUGCGGGGGGCCGCUGCCGAGCAAGGGCGAGAGAGAGGGGGGCACGGUGUGUUGCCCUUCCUGCCCGCUUUCUACUGCAACCAGAGCCGGCUGAGCCUGAGCCCCAGCCAGCCGGUCACAGAGCUCCGCGUGGUGGGCACCGACGCAGCGCUGGACUCGCUGAGGAUCCAGUCGGACCACCCGGAGGUGCUGCUGUCUGAUCCUGUCCGCUCUGCAGAAGAACCGGCGCUGCUCGUCGUGUCUGUGUACCCCGCGACCCUGGGGCUGCUCCAGCAGGAGGCCACACACAAGCUGACGCUGAGCAGCACCAUGACGGAGCAGACGCAGUCGGUCGUCAUCGCGAUCGAGCCCGAAGCAGGCAGCCAGCCGCCCCCCUGUGAGGACAGCAGGCCUGCCCCGACGCUGCUGGGCUCCCAGUACCUGCUGCUCUUCAGCGUGUUCGCCGUGCUGGCCCUCACCGCCGGGCUCUACCUAGUGUACAGCCUCAUGCUGGCUCGAACCCAGACGGUGCCCGUGGUAUACGUGCCUACCUCCGCCCACACUUACUCAGGGGACGCCGUCCUGACCAGGAACCCUUACUGGGACAGGUGGACACAGCUGACAGACGGGACGCCCCGCCGACGACACUGGCUGUGGAGCACACGGUGACCCCAGUUACACCCCUCACCCCUAGUGCAGCACACCGGUCACUACAGCUCAAUAAAGGCUCGAGCAAGUCGGCUGCA